AUGGCAAACUUCAAGGGCCAUGCUCUCCCAGGGAGUUUCUUUCUGAUAAUUGGACUUUGGUGGUCAGUGAAAUACCCACUUAAGUAUUUUCACCAAAGGAGGAAGAAGAGCCAACUCAAUCAUAAUUAUGCACGUCUGGAGAUAACUGAAGCAGCUGUCAGGACUGUGUUUUCAGUCAUUGGGAUUCUGGCAGAGCAAUUUGUUCCGGAUGGACCCCACUUGCACCUCUCCUCUGAUAGCCACUGGGUAAAGCUGAUGAACUGGCAGCACACCACCAUGUACCUGUUCUUCACAGUCUCUGGGAUUGCUGAUAUGCUCACCUACCUCAUCACCUCUGUCCCCCUGGGGAUAGACAGACUCCUUAUGGCCAUGGCAGCAUUUGCAGAAGGUUUCCUCUUCUACUACCAUGUGCACAACCGACCACUGCUCGACCAGCACGUGCACUCGCUCCUGCUGUAUCCUGUGUUUGCUGGAACUAUCAGCGUUUUCCUGGAAGUGCUCAUUCGAGACAAUAUUGUACUGGAACUUUUCCGAACCAGUCUCCUUAUUCUGCAGGGCACCUGGUUCUGGCAGAUUGGCUUUGUACUCUUCCCGCCUUUUGGAACGGCUGAAUGGGACCAGAAAGACCACAACAACAUAAUGUUCAUCACCAUGUGCUUCUGCUGGCACUACCUGGUUGCUAUCUGCAUUGUGGCCAUAAACUACUCUCUUGUUUUCUGCCUUUUGACUCGGCUAAAGAGACAGGGUGAUGGUGAAAUCAUUGGGAUCCAGAAGCUGAAGUCAGGGGACACAUACCACACUGCUCUCCUGAGCAGCACAGAGGAGGACUAA